AUGCCGACCGCAUCAAACAGUACAGGAGUCGUGGAGGAGAUGGAGAAAUUCGCCGACUCUAGGGACGAUCCGCUCUCACACAUCCCACCUUCUGAAAUGCUCGACGUCACUCUCCCUCAUCUCCGCACAGAAGUCCCCACCGACACGUCCGAGGCGUUUUCCAACCCUGCUCGUCUCGCAUACGCCUCACUCAAAGCGCUCGCCACCCUUGACUGUGUCACUCGCAAAUCAGCCCUAGACACGGACGCAACCUACUCUUUGCUCGGCGCAUCAAGGAAGCGUGGGAUGACGUCUACUCCUGGCUCGCGUUCAUAUUCGCGUCCCGGGUGGAAGGACUGGCUCACCGAUCCUCGUCGCGACGCCGCGUCCUUCACGCUCGUCCGCGUGUGGUGCAACAUCCUUUGGACCGAUGCUCAACCUCUUCUUCAAAACGCGCCCGGAGCCGUGAAGAUGGCCACUCGCCUCUGGCAGAACUUCGCACAGUACAGUCGGGGUCUUUCCGUUCAAUCGCAGCCUCUGGACUACGGCACGUACAUGUUCUACAACUUCCUCAGCUCCAGAAAGCGCUCUGAACAACCGCUGGACGAAAUUGUCGCCGAAGGGAAAACAGGAGAACAAUGCUGGACACGCGUCGGGAUGCUCAUCGACAUCAUCGAUCUCUUUCACCUCUCGGAACCGAUGUUCGACGAGUUCCUUGCCAACCACGUCACCAUCAUCGCCACCAAGGCCCUUCGUGAACUCGUUCUUCUGCCUGAUGGACCACCAGUCCCGCACGCCCUGAAUCGCAUCAUUCAGUUCCUCUCCCAUUGCUUCGAGGUCGGCGAGGGGUUCUUGUGGUUCGCGCAGGCGGUGAAAUCGGGAUUCAUCGACGCGUUCUGCGCUGCAUGCGCGUUCCUCCUCAAGAGCGGAAACAGCUCCGAAUACCUCGAAGUCAUGAAGGACACCUUCGAGCUUUCCAUGACAUACCUCGUCUACCGUGCAAGAAGAAAGGAUCUAGGGAGAUGGGAUGCGUCGGUGUACCGGAUGCCGGAUCGCACAUUACUGCUCGAAGGAAUGCCAGACGAAGGACUGGAAGGCCCACAAGCCCAACUGCAAGUAUCGCCAACACAUCUUGAGGAGAGUGAGUAUCCCGGAGGAGCGCAGGCGCACCACACGUAUAAAGCGCCGCAGCGCGACAUGGAGUUCCUGGCCGAGCUCAUGGUCGUGAUCGCGCGGGACAACAUCCGCACGGUCCGCGCCGCCGCGCUGCUGAACUUCCCUCACCUGGCCCCGACAGAGCUCGUCAUCUGCAUUGACCACACGGUCUACCCGCUCAAGUUCUCCGUGAAGCCCCUCGAAGGCUUCUCGACCGCGACCGAACCGCAUCACACCAACGCGGCGGUGGAGAGCAUCCGCCGAGCGGUGAAGGCGGCGAACGGCCGCACGACGAUGUCAGCAUGGCCGUCCCUUUCGGCAAGUACUUCCAGAAUGCUCAGGUAG